AUGGAUUUAUCCUAUUUUUUGCAAUAAAAUGGAUACUAUUUAACAAGGUUUAAUGAUGGCGAGAUUUAUUCUUUUUAGAGGAGUAUUUUAAAAUAUAAUUUAGUUCAUUUUUUUGUUUGGCUUAGGUUAUAUCGAAUAUACUUCUAUCUCUAUUUCUUAUCGAUACUUAGGGUAUAUACUAUUUAUAAUCUAAAUAUCAGUAAAUGUAGGAUUCAUUUCAUAUAGUUCUAAUGUUAAUUAUUGCAAAAAAUACAGCACGACUACCAUAAUAGUAAUUACUAUAUUGACUUAUCAUUUAACUUUUGCUUCUUUUUUGUAUUUAGUAUACUCAUAUGA